CCCACAGCAUGUCAGGCCGUGGGAAGCAGGGAGGUAAAGUCCGAGCUAAGGCCAAGUCACGCUCGUCGCGGGCCGGGCUGCAGUUCCCCGUGGGCCGCGUGCACCGGCUGCUGCGGAAAGGUAACUACGCGGAGCGGGUGGGGGCUGGAGCGCCCGUCUAUAUGGCGGCCGUGCUGGAGUACCUGACGGCCGAGAUCCUGGAGCUGGCGGGCAACGCGGCCCGCGACAACAAGAAGACGCGCAUCAUCCCCCGCCACCUGCAGCUGGCCAUCCGCAACGACGAGGAGCUCAACAAGCUGCUGGGCAAGGUGACCAUCGCGCAGGGCGGGGUGCUGCCCAACAUCCAGGCCGUGCUGCUGCCCAAGAAGACUGAGAGUCAUAAGGCUAAAAGCAAAUAAGUUCAGCGAGUAAAGCUGCUCAGACUUUUCAUAACACAACAUUAUAACCCAAAGGCUCUUUUCAGAGCCACCCAUACAGUCAGAAAAGAGUUGUGUUGCUUUCUUUACAAAAGUGCUUUGGUGCUAAGUGUUCCUUAUGUGCUGCUUUUAUUAAGAGCUAAAAUCAUGUUCUGUAGCAAUGUCUUAAAGCUCUCCUACCUGAGAGCAGUGAUACAUUUCUUUUCUCACUCCUCAUUUUUUUUAAAUGAAAGA